GCGAACGAGUUCCUGCUGCUGCACGGCACGAAGCCAGAGGCGGCCGCAUCGAUCGCGGAGAACCACUUCGACAUGGCCUUCGCGUGCAAGACGGGGAUGUUCGGGGCCGGGCUCUACUUCGGGGAGUCCUCCUCCAAGUGCGACGAGUACGCGCAGCCUCGCGAGGACGGGGUCUACGCGAUGAUUCUCUGCAGAGUGAUCCUAGGCCGGAUCAAUUACUGCGCCGAGAAGGACCCGACCACCAAUCCUGGGAGAAAGGCCUUGGAGCAGUCCUGCACUCCGGCGGGCGGGUACCACAGUGUGCUCGGAGAUCGGAAGAAGGCACGUGGGACAUACCGCGAAUUCAUCGUUUAUGAUCACUAUCAGGUGUACCCCCUGUUCAUUGUGUGGUACAAGCGUUCCUUCUGA